AUGGAAUCAUUAAACGUCAUAGAAAAAGUCAACGAGCCCUCUGAAUGGGUAAACUCAUUGGUUAUAGUAGAGAAACCAAACAGAGUGAGGAUUUGUCUGGAUCCCCGUGAUCUUAACAAAGCUAUUAAACGAGAACACUAUCCUAUGAAAACCGAAGAUGACAUCACACAUCAGCUUGCAGGGGCCAAAGUAUUCAGUACUUUGGACGCCUCCUCUGGAUUCUGGGGUAUAGUACUUGACCAGGAAAGUUCAAAGCUAACAACAUUUAAUACUCCGUUUGGGAGGUAUCGCUACAAACGAAUGCCAUUUGGAAUUUCAUCUGCGCCAGAAGUAUUCCAAAAAAGGAUGUCUCAAAUCUUUGAAAAAAUUGAAGGAUGUGAUGUCAUAAUGGAUGACAUUCUUAUAUGGGGUAAAUCUGUACAACAGCAUAAUGAAAGACUCGAGAGAGUUUUGAAGGCAGUGCGUCAUGAGAAAAUAAAAUUGAACAAGAAGAAGUGUAAAAUACAGAUGAACGAAGUUAAAUAUAUGGGUCACAUUUUCGGAGAAGAUGGACUAAAAACUUGUAAUGACAGAACCAAAGCCAUAAGUGAAUUCCCAGAGCCUACAAAUGUAAAAGAAUUGCAGAGAUUUUUGGGAAUGGUAAAUUACAUAGGAAAAUUUAUUCAAAACCAAGCCACGAUCACAGAGCCCUUGAGGGAGUUACUUGAAAAAACCGUUGCAUGGCACUGGCAUGAAAAACAACAACAAAGUUUUGAUCAGCUGAAGUCCGUGUUCAUCAGUGCUCCAGUACUAAAGUACUUUAAUCCGGACGAAGACAUCACACUCGCUGUAGACGCGUCAUCUACAGGACUAGGAGCCUGCAUUUUACAAAAUGGACAGCCAGUUGCCUAUGCCUCUAGAUCAUUAAACAAAUCGGAACGAAAUUACGCACAGAUAGAAAAGGAACUGCUAGCAAUUGUGUUCGCUUGCAAGACAUUUCACCAAUACAUCUAUGGCCAAAACAUCCGUGUAGAAUCUGACCACAAACCCCUUGAGAGUUUGUUCAAGAAAACGUUGUCAUCGGCGCCACCGCGCAUUCAACGUAUGAUGAUUAAAGUACAGCCGUACGACCUGAAUGUCAAAUACAAACCAGGGAAAUAUCUGUACAUAGCAGAUACCUUAAGCCGUGCGGCUGAGUCAGAAUCAAGUCAAAGUGACAAGGAUGAAUUUGAAGUGUUUGUUGUUCGUUACUUGCCGAUAUCGGACGAAAAGGUAAACGAAUUGGCGAUAGAAUCUGCAAAAGAUAAGGAAAUAAAUGCCUUGCAGAAAGUAAUUCUUGAAGGCUGGCCAGAUGAUAUUACAGAGUGCAACUAUUUCGUUAAUAAAUACUGGAAUUUUAGAGAGGAACUCGGUCUUUACAACGGGAUUGUCACAAAGGGUCGCAGACUAAUUAUACCCUCGAAACUCAGAAGCGACAUCCUGAAUCAAUUGCAUUAUGGACAUAUGGGAGCCGAAAAAUGCAAACGUCGAGCCAGAGAAGUUGUGUUUUGGGUAGGAAUUAAUUCGGACAUAGAUAAGAAAGUUGCAGAGUGCAGAGUGUGCAAUAAACACCAAAGGAGACAACCCAAACAACCUCUAAAACCUCAUCCAGUACCACUUAGGCCAUGGCAGAAACUUGGACUCGACUUGUUUGAGCUAAACAGAAAAUCGUUUCUUACUGUUGUGGACUACUUUUCAAAAUUCUUUGAAAUAUGUGAACUGCAGAGCACAACCAGCUCCAGUAUCAUCAAAAAAUUAAAACCAAUAUUUGCUCGCCACGGGAUACCCGAGGAACUGAUCAGCCACAAUGCACCGAAUCUCGUCAGUGGCGAAUUCAGGAAAUUUGCUACUGAAUAUGGAUUCAAGCACACAACAUCGUCCCCGCAUUACCCACAGAGUAAUGGCAUGGCGGAGCGUACAGUCCAAACUGUAAAAAACCUCCUGAAAAAAUCAAAUGAAGCUCAAACGGAUCCAAACCUCGCAUUAUUAGAAAUACGUAACACACCGAUCGACGGGGUAGGAACUCCUACUCAACUUCUGUUCGGACGCAGGACGAGAUCCAUAUUACCGACGCACGAGGCAUUACUGAAACCACAUAUCAAGACCCGAUCAGAGCUGGACAUGAGUGAAGAGUCCGAGUUUGAAGAAAACAGCGAGGAUCUGAAGUCUGAGGAUAGCAGCGAGGAAUCUGAUCCUGAUGACGAGGACACUACUGAAUCAGGGACCAGUGAAGAAAAUGGUGUAGAGCAAAACGGUCAUGAUAAGAAUUUAGAGGAGACCAACGAGGAUAAAGACGAAUAA